UGGCACUCUGGGGAGGUGAUCAAAGCCUUGGAAGCAGCAACGUCCAGGACAAUGGGAGCCAAAUUAAUGUAGAUGGGUCCUCCUGGGAUCUUUUCCCUCCUCUCAAUGGAGCUGUGGGCGUCUCUUGUUUCCCUCUCAAGUAAUGUCUGUGCUGUCUGCCCCACUUUUCUUCCAGGUGCGCAAUGGCCACAUCAAGCGAAUCACUGACAAUGACAUUCAGUCACUGGUGCUGGAGAUUGAAGGAACUAAUGUCAGUACCACGUACAUCACGUGCCCUGCUGACCCAAAGAAGACCCUGGGCAUCAAACUACCUUUCCUAGUGAUGAUCAUCAAAAACCUGAAGAAAUACUUCACUUUUGAAGUGCAGGUUCUGGAUGAUAAGAAUGUACGCCGGCGGUUCCGGGCGAGUAACUACCAGAGCACAACUAGGGUGAAGCCCUUCAUCUGCACCAUGCCCAUGCGGCUGGACGAUGGCUGGAACCAAAUCCAGUUCAACCUGUCAGACUUCACACGCCGGGCUUAUGGGACAAAUUACAUCGAGACCCUGAGAGUUCAGAUCCACGCCAACUGUCGCAUCCGGCGGGUGUACUUCUCUGACCGUCUCUACUCAGAGGACGAGCUGCCAGCUGAGUUCAAGCUGUAUCUGCCCGUCCAGAACAAGGCCAAGCAAUAACACCAUCUUGGGAAGAGAUGCAAGAAGUGUUUGAGGUCAGUAGGAAAACAAAAGUGGGUGGAGGAGAAAGCCCUGCUGAGACCAAGUUUAGAUCAGCUCACCUGAUUCAUCUGGUAUCCCUCUUCUGGACAGGACGCAAUUAACCGUGUAACAGGCCUGGGACUAUGUUUUUGGUGUGCGAGUUGUGCAGAAUCAGUUCUCCUAGCUGGUCCUAAAGUGCUGAGCCUGAGCACUUCGAGUGGCCUGGUACCUGAUCUGGUGUGGCACAGGGGCGUUGCUCAGAGUCACUAUUGUGCCUCUGAAGAGGGGAUUCAGUAGCAGUUACCAGGUUAAGUGUGCCCUCUUCAAGAUACUGAUUUUAUCUUUUCCUUCCUUGUUUUCUGUCUCUUUAUUUUAUAUAUGCUCUAAAUAUGGAUGUAAUACUCUUGGGAAAUUAUUAAACAUUUGACUCUAA